AAGAAGUAAAAGCUGUGCAGCACUGUGGAAACAGGUGAGAGAUGAGAGAGAUUUGAAACUACUGUGGUUUUUCAUGCAUGUUUGUUCUCAGACUCCUGCAAAAUUCUCAAAGGAGCUAAAGGCUGAGGAAGGAAACAGCCACAAGCAGAUGCACCAUUUCUGUCCACAGCACACUAGACAAAGAUGAAAAAAGUGAAAGAAUAAAGAAGAAAAAAGGAACCAUUGAAAAUUGUUGACAUACACCCACACACUGAUUCAGACGAUGUCUUUAGUUCCUGACACUCACGUGACAUGGUGUAUCCGCUGUGUAUGCUGCAGACAGGUCACACUGAAGCCUGCAGUUGCAUGCAGUGUGGUUCAAUAAAUAAGGAGGCAUGAUGACAUCCAAUAAAAACUUUAAAGCACCUUUAAAACAGCAGAGCAGCCUGGACAGCUACAUAAUCGACAACUCUCAAAAGAAGAAAAACUUACUGUGGCGACGACGCUCUUUCAGCAGUGCCAAAAAUUCGAAUACUGAAGAAAUCAAAGAUGGGACAUUAUCACGCAGUAAGCUGCUCAGAACACACUCAACAUCUUUAGUGGAUUAUACUGAUCCUCAGAGAACAAUGGUUAUAUUGGAGAAACAAGACAAUGAAGCCUUUGGAUUCGAAGUUCAGACAUACGGUCUCAAGGUGAAGAACAGCAGUAUGGUGGAGAUGUGUACAUUUGUUUGCAAUGUGCAGGAUGGCAGUGCAGCUGAAAUUGCAGGUUUGACUGCUGGUGACAUCAUAUUGUCAGUAAAUGGAGUCAGUAUUGAGGGAUCUACCCACCAGCACAUUAUUGAGUUGAUUCGAGAAUCCACUAACAUGCUGAAGUUGGAGACGGUGAGUGGGAAUGUUGUGAAGAGAAUUGAAUUAGAGAAAAAGAUGCGCUAUCUUAAGCAAACCCUUCGUGAGAAAUGGGUGGAACUGCAAUCUCUCACACUUCAGGAAAAGCGUCUUACUCGAGGUAAUCUGAAUGAGAGCGCUCAGCAUCUGUCUGUUGACUCUCUGAUGUCUCUCUCAUCUCCAACUGGCCGCUCUGGGCAGCGUUUUUCCAGUGACAGCAGUUGCCGCAGCAUAAUGACAGAUGAUAGUGAGGAUGGAGCCUUUGUGUCAUCAGUAUUUGAUGACUCAAGUCCAUUCAGCCCAACUGAGCCAAACGGAGGCUUCUUCCAGCUGGAAGGGGGGGCCUUGCAACCCCUGACAAGAACACGCAGCAUUAGCCUGACCAGCAGUAACAGUUCACUCUCCCCAAGCUGGGAAAAUUCAUCUUCUUCCAUCUUUGGGACGCUGCCAAGGAGAGGCAGGAAAGGUAGUGUCCGCAAGCACCUUCUAAAGUUCAUACCUGGACUGAAUCACUCUGUAGAGGAAGAAGAGGGCAGCUAAAACAUAAUUUCUAUCACAAUUGACUGCUGAUCUCAUGAAUCCUUUGACCUUGGGCAGCAGGAGAUUUAACCAGUUUGAAAUCUUCUGUUCUCAAAACGUUAUAGAAAAAAUGCCUAUACCAGUACUGAUGGGCAUUCAUGACUUUCCUGCUUCAAGUGUUGAUGAGAUGAGGGGAUGAGUCUCACAUGAGCAUUACGGACUGCAUGCAGCAACCUUUGUGUUAUUUUAUGUCUUUGUUUUCCUUUUUUUUUUUUUUUUCUCAAGGGACCAAAGCAUUAUGACUUCCCCAAGAUUCAGCACUGAAAUAAACAACUGGCAUUAACCAAACUGAAAA